AUAUACCACCAAAUUGCCAAGAACCAUUUUUAAAUUUAAUUAAGACUCAAUCUGAACUCAAAAAAUUUGAGCCAAAAUAUUUUAGUACAACUAGUUUUACGCCUUUACUACAACACAAAAUGCUCCAACUUGAUCAACUUCCAAAUUUAAGAAAAUUUAUUGAAAAAGCUAAAUAUUUAAGAUAUAUAGAAAUAGUAAGAUCAGACGUGAAAAAACAAAAAGAUAGUGAGAGAGAAAUAAUUGAUUUUUGUCAUGUUAGAAACAUAAAAUGUAGUUUAAAAUAUCAAUUAGAGAGAUAUAAAGAUUAUAUUUGUACUUAUGAGAUAAAUUUUGAAUCAUACAUAAGAACAGAAGAAUAA